AUGCUCGGAUCAGACCAGACGACCGAAGUGGACAAGAUCGGGUCUUGGCCUGCGCAAAGGCUCGCUCUCUGCUUUUUCCCUCCCCCCUUGCGACUUCGCUUCGGCGGCGAGCAGAUCCUCGUGCAGAUCGACCACCGGGCGUUUCCGCCGCAGAUCACAGGCUCCAUCUCGGAGGUUUUGCAUGCCAAUCGUUGGGCGACGUUGGGCAGUCCCUCGCUACGACCAACUCUAAAUUGUCUCUUUGUGUAG